AUGAAUCGAAAGAUCCUUAUUCAACAUCUUCUCGAAUCAGACGAUAUGCUGAGCAUUUCUGCGCCUCUUCCACCUAUGGUUGAAGGUCAACCUGCACCACCAGAACCCACAGAACCUGUUGAACUUCAACAUAAACGAGGUUUUAUUUUACUGGAGAAUCUCUGUCGUAUCAUGGUCCUCAAUGUGGAAUACUUCUGCACCUCCACUAAAGUCAUUCCAGUCAAUGAGAAUAAUAGUGUACUCGUGGUCUGGUCGCAAUCGAACCAACUUCCGAUGGACUUAGAAGUUAUUGAAUCCAAUUUACUAUUUCUCUCCCGAAUACCUCAACGAUUUAUUGCCUCAGACACGGUUGGUUCUUCGUGGUGGGGACAUCUUCUUAACAUUUGGAUCUCUGAUGACGGCUCUGGUGCUCAUAAUCUUCCAAAAAUUCAGCAUAUUACGCAUUCCUCGGAGACAAUGCGCACGAAACUCGGUCUGAUCAGUCUAAGCACCUCAAAUGAGUUCACCAUUUCACCCAAAUUGCGGGCUGCUUUUCUUGCCAGUGGCCUAUCUCAACUCCGUGCCAUUGCCCUAGCCGGAAUAACUGGGGAAGAUUUCCUACAGAUGCUCGUUGACAUUCCAACUCCUCUUUUGGAUUCAAACACAGCUACCCGCCUUGUGGAAUGUGCUGGUCGACUUAAUAUCACACCUUUAACAGCUAAACAGAAGCUUAUUCUGCAAUCCCUUCAAAUGAAAGCCAACUUAGAAGCAACUAGUAGUGCGGCAGAUUCCCAUACCAAUUCACUUCUGACUACUUCGCGAGUAUUCGUCCGUCAAAACUUAACUACCCCACCUCCUCUCCUCUCACCCAAGAAGUCGUUCACUUCUCCUAGGAUUUUAGUCUCCCCAAAUCCCUUAGCUAGACCCCCUGUCUCGCCUGAGUCGCCAACUGCUUCAAAAAAUCUAUGGAGGGACUUUUUUAACAAACUCGCUGGAUCUCAAGCUGAUUUUCACACACAGUCCGAAGCCUUCUGUUCUGCGCUCAUAAAAAUUAAUAGCUCAGCCGUUGUGCGAAAUCGUUGGAUGCAAGAUCUAGUAAACGUGCUGCAGACAGUGCAGACGCCGACAAAACGAGGUAGGGGAACAUCAUCGUCGGCUAGUUCGAAGUCUCCUCCUAUGGGAGAUAUGUUGAAGGUUUUGCCUAACUUGACUGCAGUCACUUUCGCUUAUUCACUUAUACGCUCAUGCCUUUUGCUAGGUUUGACAAUGUCGGAUAAUAAGACGGUCAAUCGCUAUCAGAAGGCAAUUGAAUUAUCCAUUUCCGAAUUUCCCAAAAUCGCUUUCCAUACUAGUCUCAUGGAGCGACUUCUUUUGAAUCCUCUGCGUUCUGCUUUGGAUAAGAAAGAUGGUAGCCAGGUGGAUGUAUUAUUGGAUGAACCCAAGUCAUCUCCUUUAGGGUUGCCACUCAAUCCUGAAAGACUGGAAUCUUUAACUUUAGCACAACAAAUGCAAGUUCUUACGAUUUACGGAAUCUCAUCAAUUGAAAUCGAAUCAGAAGAUGGUGCCUGGAGUCUUAUUCAAAAGCUGGUUCUUCAUAAUAAAGGAGAUGCGAACGAAGAUAAACGUAGAAGUCGCUAUUUUCUCGCAGAAGAAAUCGUUCACAAUACUUCGCCCACAAUCCUUCGUGAAUGCCUUCGAAGAAUCCUACAAGAAGAUGUCAUUACACUGGACUCUGAACUGGUGUUAGAUACAAUACUUGGGAUAAUAAAUCUGCCAGCUCUGAGGUUCGCUGUGCCCUUGGAAGAAUACCAUUCGAAGCCCGAUGCUGGCAAUAUCUACUCCCUAGUUCAUCGUCUCACUAAUCCUCACGAAGGUAUGCGUCUCAUCACCCAUAUUUGUCUGGAAGCUUCCAAAAGUCCUGAGCUAAUUCGGGAUAAACUCAUCUCUAUUCGGGCGCCAAUCAUUGACUUGGCUCUUCAAAGUUAUCCUUCGCCUCUACCCUUCAUGGAAUACCUAGCAAAUUUUCGGGAAUUGCCGCCUUCCCAUUUACCCUCUGAUCUCACUAAAUGUCAUCUUCCUAUCGAUCUUAGUGACAGUGCUAAGAGCCUACUGCUUUGUACAUACUUUCGAAGACCCGGUAUCAUUUACGCUCUUUCUCGUACUGAAACUCAAGCCUUUCUUCGGAAUCCUGGCACUUCUCCCAAGUGUUUCGAAUCCAGGGAAGUCAAUCGAAUAGGUGGGAAUAUCUUGACCUCAUUGUCGAGUAAAUUCGAUGCCGUACGAGUUUUCGCUGGCCCUCAAAUCAUCGCCAUGGCUUCCCAACAUCCACUUCUCGCACUUCGUCUUGUACCUCUUAUUGCAGGUCUUGCUCAAGGCCGUUUUGACGUAUCUUUAACCUCUUCCAAUAAUGAAGCUGGUAGAGGUGGUGGUGGUGGUGGAGAUGUUGAUGAUAUUUUCUUUAAUCCCUCCGCAGUGGCUGGAACAAUCUCGUGGAAGGCAUUUGAAUCCUCAAAACAGGACAAUUUCUACUUUAGUGUACUGAGGUUUAUGGAGGUAUUGGCGUUUUCUACUGAUUCCAAGCACGAUGGUGUGCUUUUCUCUCCAGAGGCUGAAUGCUUUAGAGAGCAUAUACACAGUAUAUUCGCAAGUAUGAUUCAUGUGAUGGCAUCAUACUAUCGACAGUUGAGGUACAGUGAACAGUUUGAACACCGUCUUUCUGCACUUCUACGAGCUUAUCGGCGUGGAAUUGGUAAGGACUCUCAGUGGAGUGCAGUGUCUGUGGAGGAGUUGAAUUGGCUCUCUGCCAGGUCGAGUCUUUUCACUGGUUUCACUUCCGAUUCUCCUAGCGCCUCGUCUAUUAUCCUUCCACCACCUUCGAUCAAGAAUUUGCCACAUCUGCAGUCCUCGAUUCAGAAAAUCCGUAAUCCAACUUCUCUUGAAGCGAUUGAGCACACACUUCUGGAUCUUGAGAAAAUGACUGAAAGGAAACCUUUGUUCCUGGAGCCAUUUGUGGCGGAUUUGGAGCAUCAUUUACUUAAGAGUGUUCACUCCAGUUUCGAUGGCUGCUCGCCGGAAGAUGCUAAACUUCAGCCCCUUCUAUACAAACUCUUUUUCCGUUACUAUCGCUCCGUGCCACAUCAAGCGCCAGAAGUACUUGAGCGUGUUUUCCUGCCAUGUCUACGGGGUUCCUUGAAUGUUGGAACAGCGAUCGAUUAUCUGCCUGAAGCUGCUGUUCUCGCACCUCAUCUGAUACCCCGUCUACUUCACGCUGCAGCAUCACGACUUGUUGUUCGUUCCGGAUCUGCUGCAGGCUGUGAUUCAAUCGUCAAUGUCAUUAAAGGAAUUGUUUUUCGUCUACCUCUUGAAGGGUUCUAUCAGGCCUCCAUUGACUAUGCUACGGGAGGCAUACAGAGCGCGAUUUCUGGCUCCAAGUUCCAAAAACGCGGCCUGAAUAAGAAUUAG